AUGCUUGGGGUUGGGAAUGAAGGAAUGUCUACACUACCGGGAUUGAAUCAAAUACAAUUUGAAGGGUUUUGUAGAUUCAUUGAUCGGGGCUUAACAGAAGAACUUUUGAAGUUUCCAAAAAUUGAAGAUACAGAUCAAGAAAUUGAAUUUCAGUUAUUUGCGGAAACAUAUCAAUUGGUAGAACCCUCAAUAAAAGAAAAAGAUGCUGUAUAUGAAUCACUUACAUAUUCCUCUGAAUUAUAUAUAUCCGCGGGAGUAAUUUGGAAAAACAGUCAGGAUAUCCAAGAACAAAUUAUUUUUAUUGGAAACAUUCCUCUAAUGAAUUCCCUGGGAACUUUUAUAGUAAAUGGAAUAUACAGAAUUGUAAUCAAUCAAAUAUUGCAAAGCCCCGGUAUCUAUUAUCGGUCAGAAUUGGACCAUAACGGAAUUUCAGUCUAUACUGGCACAAUAAUAUCAGAUUGGGGAGGAAGAUUAGAGUUAGAAAUUGAUAGAAAAGCAAGGAUAUGGGCUCGUGUAAGUAGGAAACAGAAAAUAUCUAUUCUAGUUCUAUCAUCAGCUAUGGGUUCGAAUUUAAGUGAAAUUCUUGAGAACGUUUGUUACCCCGAAAUUUUCUUGUCUUUCCUCAAUGAAAAGGAGGAAAAAAAAAUAAGGUCAAAAGAAAAUGCCAUUUUGGAGUUUUAUCGACAAUUUGCUUGUGUAGGCGGAGAUCCCAUAUUUCCUGAAUCUUUAUGUACGGAAUUACAAAAAAAAUUUUUUCAACAAAGAUGUGAAUUAGGAGGAAUUGGGCGGCGAAAUAUGAACCGAAGGCUGAAUAUUGAUAUACCCGAGAACAAUACAUUUUUGUUACCGCGAGAUAUAUUGACAGCUGCGGAUCAUUUGAUUGGAAUGAAAUUUGGAAUGGGUACACUUGACGAUAUGAAUCAUUUGAAAAAUAAACGUAUUCGUUCCGUAGCAGAUCUCUUACAAGAUCAAUUUGGAUUGGCUCUCGUUCGUUUAGAAAAUCUAAUUAUAGGAACUAUAUGUGGAGCAAUUAGAUAUAAAUUGAUACCGACUCCUCAGAAUUUAGUGACUUCAACGCCAUUAACAACCACUUAUGAAUCUUUUUUUGGAUUACAUCCAUUAUCUCAAGUUUUAGAUCAAACCAAUCCAUUGACCCAAAUAGUUCAUGGAAGGAAAUUGAGUUCUUUGGGUCCUGGAGGAUUGACGGGGCGAACUGCUAGUUUUCGGAUACGGGAUAUCCAUCCUAGUCACUAUGGACGCAUUUGUCCAAUUGACACCUCUGAAGGAAUCAAUGUCGGACUUAUUGGAUCCUUGGCAAUUCACGCAAGGAUUGGUCGUUGGGGGUCUAUAGAAAGUCCAUUUUAUGAAAUUUCUGAGAGAUCAAAAAGAAUACGAAUGCUUUCUUUAUCACCAAGUAGAGAUGAAUACUAUAUGGUAGCGACGGGAAAUUUUUUAGCACUGAAUCGAGGUAUUCAGGAGGAGCAGAUUGUUCCAGCUCGAUACCGUCAAGAAUUUCUUACUAUUGCAUGGGAACAGGUUCAUCUUCGAAGUAUUUUUCCCUUCCAAUAUUUUUCUAUUGGAGCUUCCCCUCAUUCCUUUUAUCGAGCAUAA